GUUUGGAAGACUUGUUGAGAACCUGCUGCUGCUUUUCUAUCGAGACUGCAGUUGUUGCUCCGCGAGCGAUAGAGACGCUCUAUCUUUCCUUGAAAUACGACUGUUGAGCGAAAUUAGGCUACUUCCAUGUCAAAAACGAAAUGCUACCUUUCAAUUUGAUUAGAUAACAGGAACGAAUUGUCAAGUAAAAGUACAUUGACUCACGGUAAUAACAUUUGCUGAGGCUUUGACACUUGGAACAGUGUCAAACGAGAAGUGAGAAGAGCUAACGACCUCCCCUAUCCCCCUCUCUCUACGACUUUUACCUCCCCUGAGAUGAGUGCCAAGUCAGCCAUCAACAAAGAGCUGUUCACACCCCACGAUGAGAAGAUGCUGGUGGCUGUGCAGGUGAAGAGGAGGACCAAGAAGAAGAUCCCCUUCCUGGCUACUGGAGGACAGGGAGACUACAUGACCUUCAUCUGCCUCUCAGGCGGCUCCGCUCUGAAUGGACUUGGCGACAGGGCUCCGCUGGGCCUUUUGGUGGGAGCAGUGACGAAUAAGAAGCCGUCCCAUGUGUCCAUCACCAAGGUGAAGCAGUUCCAGGGCUCCUUGUCCUUCAGUAAGAGGUCAAUGUGGACCAUCGACCAGCUGAGACAGGUCAACGGCUGUGACCCCAACCGAGACUGUCCGGAGUUUGACUUGGCGUUCGACAAUGCCUUUGACCAGUGGGUGGCUGGUUCGGCCGGCGAGAAGUGCACCUUUAUCCAGAUCCUCCACCACACCUGCCAGCGCUACAGCUCUCAGAGCAAGCCAGAGUUUGUCAACUGUCAGCCCAAACUGCUGGGAGGUAACAGUAUACUCCACUCAGCAGCAGACAGUGUGACCAGCGCUGUACAGAAAGCCAGCCAGGCGCUGAACGAGCGAGGGGAGCGCUUAGGCAGGGCUGAGGAGAAAACAGGGGAGAUGAAGAACAGUGCUGAGCAGUUCGCUGUCACUGCACACAAGCUGGCCAUGAAGCAUAAAUGUUAAACUUUGAGGAGAGGGGUCCACCAAGCGUGCCAGACGCCAUAGGGCAGGUUUCAGAUUGUAUUGUUUGUAUUUCUUGUAACGAAGGUAACAUUUAUUUGUUUCUAACGAAGAUCUGAUGACGAGGAGGGGGGAGAGAAAGAGGGACGGAACACAGAUGGGACGGUUGAGAGCAAAUGUUUCACGGCUAACUCUUCUUUUACUCCCUCCAUUGCUCCCAAAGUACUCCUUGACCUUACUGUGACAAACCAUGGAAAUGACUAUGGUCACUGCCCUCCCCACCCCAACACACACACACCACCGUCCAAAUCCCCCUAAAAGGAACAGGUCUUCAACUCCCUCAAAGAAGUGACUUUACAUACGGUGCUGGAAGAGGAGAAUAUAACUGCAGCAGAGUGUAUGACAUGACACAUGCAUAUCAUAUGAUGGCUAUUUUACUGUACAGAGUCAGCAAUGUACACCCCAGUAUGUGAACAUCAACUUGUCAAAAGGAGAUGAGCUCUUCACUCUCUUUUGUCGUUUGACUAUUUGGCAUCAUAUUGUUUUGAAAAGCUCAUUGGUGCAUACAUUCAUUUCAGAUGUAAUAUUAGCCAAAUGUGUGGAGGACUUUCAUGUGGCUUCUAAAAGCUACUGCUGCAAGCUUACAUUUCAACCAAUAUGGUAUGUUUUCCAAGUUUAAUAUUCCGCAAAACAGUCUGUGAGCUAUUCAUUAAAAUGACCCAGGGUUCAGGUGCAUGGUCUACCAAAAUCCACUUUCAUUGUAAAAGGUUGAAUAAAACCCACACAGAAAAAAACAAGUAUUUAGGCUUCACUGUUGGUAUUUCUUAAGUGUUAUUGAAGCGCUUGGCUGUAUAGACGAGAUCAGACGGUUUAUUGUAAGGUAAUAGACUACUGUAUCGUUGUAAAUUAGCUAGUGUAACAAGCUUAUAAGACUGUAAUCAGAUCAUUCUACCACCAUUUGCAAUGUAAUUGGUGUCGAAUCAUCCCUGUAAAUAUAAUUUUGAUUGUAACCCUUUCAACUCCAACCUUGGUCACAUCUUGUACUUAUAGUUUAACUUGUGUUUAUAUAAAGUUUUUUGUUCUGAUAUGUAAAACAGCAUAUUGACACAUCAUCACUAGCAGCAUUGUACAAUAUUGGUCUGCAUUCACUGUGUAACCGUGGCUUCCUUACAAGCAAUUUGAAGCAACUAAACCACCCGCAGUGUGGAUAUGUCUUGUUUAUUAUGCUUAUAUUUUGGAUUUGUCCAACUGUCACAAUGCACUGACAAGCUUACCUUGCAGCGAGCACCGUUAAGUUCUUACUGAAUUUCUAGGUGCCUCAAAUUCUAAUCCGCUUCAUCCUUACAUUUUGGAUGUUCAUUGUUUUAAUAAAAAAAUAUUGAAAGUAAUUUGUCUGAUGGUUAUGAGAUGUUUUUGUAGCCAUUGCAAGCUAUUAUUGCAAGUCAUUUUGUCUACACUCCAUUGGUCAGUGAACAAGUCAGCAUCUUUUUGACUAGCUACGGUCCAGAACAAUCCAAGUGCAAUGCUUCUAUAUCGGUGUUUUUAAACGUACACUUUCAUAAGUACUUCAACAGCAUGUCGUUUGACUUGAGCAGUAUGAAUGUGUUAUGAUAACACUCAUGGUAUCCCAAGGUAACACUGCCUUGCUAGAUUGAUAACCAAAAGGAGAAGAUCAAGAAUGUGUGGCACCAGGAUUGAAAGAGGGGGUUGUUCCUUAAGAUGUAUGGUGCUUGUUGGAAGUGGAUUGUGUGGCGAAUACAGAAGGCCACAGUACUGUAUGUAGAAUAGGCUAAUGGAAUGAAAAGGUAGUUAUUAUAGAUGGUCUCAAUACUAGGCACAUGUAAUACAGACUUAUACCAUUCUUUUCAAUGAAACAUCAGACCAAUGCUUUUUAAAAUUAUUCGAAAACCUCUAUAUACAUUUACAUUUAAGUCAUUUAGCAGACGCUCUUAUCCAGAGCGACUUACAAAUUGGAUAUUGUAUAUCAGACCUAUAUAUCAGAUUACAUAACAUCUAAAUAA